CUGCAAGCUUUGGGGCAAACAUGGGGCGCCGAAAGUCCAAACGCAAACCGCCACCAAAGAAGAAAUUGACUGGAAAUCUGGAUACUCAGUUUACCUGUCCCUUCUGUAACCACGAGAAGUCAUGUGAUGUGAAAAUGGAACGCAGUCGAAAUACAGGGAUUAUAUCCUGUAGCGUUUGUCUGGAGGAAUUUCAAACGCCUAUAACCUAUCUCUCUGAAGCAGUGGAUGUUUACAGUGAUUGGAUAGAUGCGUGUGAAGCUGCCAAUCAGUAGCAUUUUUAUUACAGGCCCUAGAAGGUCUAUACAAUGAAUUGGACCACUUGUUAGAGUAUCAGUUUAAGUGACCAAAGUAGUCCUAUUUUAGUAGAAUGUAAAUUCCGUUGAAUUUUGAUCUGUAUUUCUUUUGUAUACCUGAUUUAUAGACCUGUAUCUUGAGUGUACCUGCUACCUUUUCUUUCUUUUUUUUUGUCACUGCCAUUUCUUAAACAAACUACCUGUUAUUUUCUUUCAAUUUUAAUUUUAUAAGAGGACUGAUUUUGAUCAAUAAACGUCCUCAGGAAAGGACA